AUGAGGGAACUGAGGAGGGACGACAGCAUUAUCAUUCUACCGGCUGACAAGGGACGAUCAACCGUCGUGAUGAAUAGAGAAGACUAUAAUGAAAAAGCUAAAGCCCUACUUGAUGACAGAGAAUUUUACAGACCAGCACAGAAGUCACAAGCCAAAGCAGUAGCAGAUCGGCUGGGUAAACUGCUUAGAGAAUACCGACAUAAAAAUGUGAUCACGGAGAAUGAAUGGCACCAAAUGAGGGCAACUGACACCGCUCUAGCCCGAUUCUAUGGUCUGCCAAAAAUCCAUAAAGCAAAUGUCCCACUUCGGCCAAUCGUUGCCCUAAAAGGCAGCCCCACCUACAAUUUGGCAAAGUGGAUGUACUCAAAACUGAAGUUCCUCCAAGGCAAUUCGACUACCUCAGUUCGAUCAGCCUCUCAAUUCCUCAUAGACCUCCGAGGUCGGAGAAUUCAAUCGGACGAAAUCAUGGUCUCCUUCGAUGUGACGUCGUUAUUCACAUCUAUCCCACCAAACGUGGCCCGCGAAGUCUUGCGCAAGAGACUUGAAGAGGCGUACGAUGAGACUCAGAAUGCCCUCAAAAUUGAACACCUCAUGAGGCUGUUUGAAUUCUGCCAACAAACUUUCUUCACUUUUACGGGAGAGACCUAUGAACAAAUCAAAGGAACCCCAAUGGGCUCACCGGUCUCCGGUUUGGUGGCAGAACUGGUCCUACAGUAG